CAAUCAGACGUCGCAAUUCAUCGUCGUCGGCAUACUGAGACUGACCGAAUCUCAUAUAGUGCGAUCGCGCUCGACCACAAUGUUUAGCAUGUAUCAAGCGCAUGUCCGAAUGCAAGUACUCAGACGUCGCCAAUGCUAUAGCAUCCGUAGACAAAUCAGCCCCCAGAGUGCCCCAAAGAACUAAGAAAGAGUCCGUCUUCCCUCCACCAGAUCCCACAAAUGUGACUGUUCCGCCAGAGAUACCCCUUCCACGAUCUCUGUUCCGACAGAAUUCUCUUUCUUCAACAUCUUCGUCACCAUUUCUCCUAUCCAACAUUCCUAACACAAAGCAUGCGCCGUCUCCGGUUUUCGGCUUCAGUGCCGAACACCCAUUUGCGAAUUACUGGACAAGUAAAGGGGGUCUUUCCGAGGUCAUCGGCGUACUGCCUAGUAAAGACCAGGCAGACUUUCUCAUUUCGACAUAUUUCGACACAGUCGACCCUGUGUAUCCAAUGAUAGAACGUCAUUCGUUUUAUGUUGACUACGAAGACUUCUGGGCGAUGCCACAGGAAGAAAAACACACAGCAGAUCCUGCUCUACUAUCCUUGCAUCUAGUCAUGUACGCAAUGGGGCUGCAUUUCGUGACAGGCACGUCUGAGCAGGAAAGAUCACAAAUGGCUGAAUUUUAUGUCUCUGCUGCACACCAGGCUCUUCGCAUAUCCAGCUAUCUCAGUCGAGUGUCAAUACGAACAAUCCAAGCCAUGAUACUCCACUGCUACUUCCUUAUGAACGAUAACCAUGCUUCGGACGCAUGGUCUUUUGGGGGUGUACUCAUGCGGCAGGCCUAUGCCAUGGGGCUUAAUCGAGAUCCCGAAACCAUUGUGCCAAGAGGGACACCACAAGAGAAACUGUCACGGCUGAAGGUCUGGCAGGCAGUCAUGGUACAAGAUACUUUCCUCACCGUCCUUCUUAAACUUCCUCCCACCGGCACGUUCUCGGAUAUACCUGUAGAAUUCCUCACCGAUAAUCUUUCCAACUCGCCAUUCAACACCAGUUCUUCCAUCAACGGUGACAGUGAUAUCAACAUCAACCCUAUGAGCAUCAGCAAUAUCGCUCCGUCGAAUCCCUAUCCUCCAUACGAGCUCUCCGAUCGCGAAUACAUACGAUGCAUGUGGCGCAUGGGAAACUUGGUUCAGCGCAUCAUUUGCAUGCCCCGGUCCCUCACACGACCCCUAUGCAACUCGCAGCGCGAGAAAGAGGACCUGAGCGGCGCGUUCCGGGACCUAUUUUCCUCGUUUCCUUCGCAUCUCACCGUGGGCGACCGCGACUCGAUUAGCAGUCUGGCCGUGGCAGACCCGCGCGGCUUCCGCCAGAACAUGCUCUGCCGCAGUGUGUAUUGGCACUGCUACAUGAUCCUACAGGCCGACGAAAACGAGGCCGCUGGGGUAGCCUGUGAUGUGCGCGGCGCCCUCGAGGCUGCGCGCAUGGGCCUCGAGACGUAUUUCCAGAUGUGGGAGUACAUGAAGGUCGACGCCGGGGUAUGGUGGGUGUUUCAGCACCGCGCGUUCGAAGAAGCGCUUAUGAUGGCGCGUAUCCUUGCUAUCGAACAGGAAGCCGUCUCAGGCACUCCUCUCGUCUCGGAUCCCCUGCACGCGCUCGUACGCAUCGAUAUACGACGCAUGCUCGAGAUCGUGGAGCAGAUUGGUGCAAACGCGCCGGAAAUGCAAAAGACACGGACAGAGGUCCUCAGAAACGCUAUGCAGGAUAUUCAAUGGUACUAGCUAACGCUAGUGUUCCUUUGAGGG